AUGAUGAAAUAUUUCGUGCUGUUGGCAACGGUUGUUGCAGUCGCGCAAGCACUUCACUACGGUGACGAGGGCAUCGAUGUGAAGAUCAACGUGGAGAAGAACUCCAACUCGUACCUGAGUGGACGGCUACCACAAGGAUCGUUCGAGUAUGGAUUGGACGUGGUGAAGCAGAAAGAUAACCAUUUCCAGCACAAAGUCAAGGGCCCGGAUGAUGUGACGUACGGUUGCUACGGGUUCGUCGAUCCGGACGGUAAACCACAUCUCGUGCACUACGUAUCGGAUCUCAAAGGAUACCGCAUUGUACCUCCGGAAUCUGCCACCAAGAUCUACAUCUCGCGUCUUGAGCGUAGCAUAAACAACGUGUAUCAGGCAUCGCAGGAGAAGAACGUCCAGUGGAAGGAUCUGUUCUUCCCGCCGGCCUGCAAGCAGCUGUACACCGAAACGAAGGUAUCUGCUCCACCAACCACACCACGACCGGCACCCCGUGCUCCAUCCACCACACGUCGUCCACCACCGACACCACGCCGCGUUACACCUGCCCUGCCGCCGCCACCACCACCAGCUGCUCCAGAGCCAGAGUUCACCGCUUCCAGCAAUUUGUGUCCGUCGGUUGUACAGGCCCCACCGGCAGAUCUUGCACCACAGCCCGCCUGCUCUAAGGUGUGUGACGAUCUGAAGGGCGAACUAGAGGACAUUAAGGCGAAGCUGAAUAAGCUGCUCGAUACGCUGGCGGAAAAGCCGAAGGGUAAGGCAGGUGGUGACGGUACCAAGUUUGCCUACUUCCCGGUCAUGUUGAGUGAUGGACUGCCGGACGGAGUGGAUGCCAGCUCUUCCAAGUUUGUGUUCCCAGCGGUUCCGCAACAGUGCGGCAAUCAGUAA